CUAACGUGUGGAACCGUUGACAUGUACACUUACCUCUCUGUCAAGUGAUGUGUCUCCUCCCAUUUAUCGGCUUUAUUUAAGUUCACUGUAGUAUUAAGUGCCUAAAAGUGAAGUUUUUGUAUUCAUGGUUAUACGUGGAAGUCUGUAGAAGUGCACACUAUGUCUCGACGUCGCCCUGGAACAGCAGGCUCAGUGCGAUCUACAUCUGCAAUCAACCCUCUAAGAGUCCGUCCUGGUAGUCGACCAGGUUCUGCUCGGGAGUGGUUUGAAGCAUAUAACCAACGGCGAAAUGAGGAAGCAUGGCGUCUUGAGGAAUGGAUGAACACUGUCAAUAGUCUGAAGAAAAAGGAAUGGCAGGCACAGUACUACACUGCUAUUGCUCAGCCAAAGCACAAAAGUGUUGAUGAAGAAGAGCUUCGUAAGAAGGAGGAGAAGGAGCGCAAACUGGCUGAUAGACGGGCCAGACUCACUCGUCUGUUUCAAGAAGAUGAGAGAAGAUAUCAGGAUGAGAGGGAGCAGAAAUACAGAGAAUCAAGACACAGAACAGUUCACCAUCAUAUUGUCUAUCCUGAGGUGGAGAUGCUGAAGUGUCGUCUAGAUGACCUAAAGAAGAAGAACCUUGAAGAGAGACAGAAAAUGACAGAAUCUCUUUCGUAUGAAGUCUGGAGACGAAACAACCCACAAGUUAGACAAAUGGAGUCCGACCGAUUCAAUCACUUUGUGCAAGAGGCUUGGGUUGACCAGAGGCAGUGGAAGGAGGAUGAGAGGCGGAGAAAAGCAGAGGAAGAUAGAAGAGCGGACAUCGAAGCAGCUGAGAGGCAGCGGAAAUUGGAAGAAGAGGAAAAGAAAGCAGAAGCAGAGAAAUUGAAGAAGCAGGGAGAGUGGAAGGUCCAGCUUGAAGCCCAGAUUACAGAAAUUAAGGAAAGAGAAAAACGCGACGAAUUCCUGAGACAAGAGGAAGUUACGUUAGAGAGAGAGAAGCUGAGACUCCAUGAAAUUACCCAACGGAGGCUGAGACUGAAAGAUCUGAGGCAACGGAAGGAGUUAGAGUUGUUUUGGGCCAGACAGUAUCAACUGAAACUGAAGAAGAAAGCGGCAGAUAUCCAGCAGGAACUCCUUGAAGAUGAGAAUAUUAUAGAGGACAUCUUAAGGGGGUUUCCAGAUGAUGAAGAUGAGCAGAUGAAGCAUCGAAGAAGUGAGGCUGAAUGGAUGAAGACUGUGCUGGGAGAACAGAGGAAGCUGGAGAGCAUGCGUGAGAAGGAGUAUGAGCUGCUGUUUAGCGAGGAAGCAGAGGCAAUGUGGAAGAAGAGGCAGGCGGAGUGGGAGAGAGAGCAACGAGCACGAGACCGACUGAUGGCUGAAGUAUUACAUGGUCUUCAACAGCAGGUUCAAGAUCAGCAGUCCAGAAAUGUCCGUGAAAGAGAAACACUGGAUUCAGAAAAGGCACAAAUUCAGAGAUCCAUAAUCGACAUACGAGACCAAAUGCAAGACCUGGAAAUAGAAGAGAAGGAGAGAAGGGAGAAGCAUCACACGGUUCAAGUGCAGCCAUCACAGAGAAUGAUGCAAGAGGCAGCUUCUCUCCGAAGAGACCGAGAGGAUGAGGAGAGGAAGCUGCAAGAACACCGCAGGGAAAUUGCACGCCUCGAGCAGCAGCUGCAGCAACUUUGGGGUCCACAAUAUGCCCCACCUAAAUAUGGACGCAAGAGAUUCGUCUGGUGAAGGAAGAACACUUGUUAGAAUGAUUCUUCAUCAUUCUUAACCAAAGUGUGAUAUCUGGGUUUGUCUUAAGAGGGAACGAGUUAGUGUCACGUCUGCACGACUCCACAUAACUCAACACUCGCAGAGAUUAUUAUUUGGUGCUGCCUUACUCGAUGUAUAUUUUUUCUUUUCUGUUUCAUUUAUGGCUUUUUUUCUAAGUUUUAUUUGUUUAUGAAUACAUAUGUAUAGAUGUAUGCAUUUACAUGUACACAUUUACAAUUACACUCAUUCACUAAAUACUCUAAGAAAAAAAUUAUUACAAGUUUUCCUGAUAUUACCGUUAGUCAUAAUUAUUUCUGUUUUAUUGCCGUCAUUUUUUUUAUAUUAUUAUUACUAUUAAUAAUAAUAAUAAUAUUAUUAUUAUUAUUUUUAUUUUUAUUAUUAUUAUUAUAAUUAUUAUUUCUGUUAGUAUUACUAUUAUUAUUAUUGUUAUUAUUGCUAUUAUUAUUAUUGUCAUUAUUAUUAUUAUUAUUAUUAUUAUUAUUAUUAUUAUUAUUAUUAUUACUAUUACUAUUAUUAUUGUUUUUAUUAUUAUUAUCACCAUUAUCAAUAUUGUUUUUAUUAUUAUUUUAGCUUGAUUUUUUUUUGUUUAAAGAACAAAAGCAAAUAUGCAAUUAUAUACCUUAGGGGCCAAAGAAAUUAGACAAAGCAGCUGGCUGUGUUUUUAUACUAAUGUUUUAAGAGCUGUAUUUUUUAAUGAACAGUGAUAUGCCUAUAUAUGAAUAUAUUUGACAUUUUCUAACUAUUUCCAAUAAAUGUGUGUCUUUUGAUAUUAAAGAAGUUAUUUUGUAGCAUGUUAUAACAAAAAACUUCAUACACUUGUUGGAGUUUAACCUUCCUGUAAAAUGAAUCUAUAUAUUGAUUUUAUAAUAAAGAGAUCAUUUUCAA